AUGGACUCACCAUACACAGUCGGACCGACUCCGGUUCAAAGCCAAUCUCCAUUCUACUAUCCCGACACACAGCAAACCUCCCAGGGCCACUACACCAGCCAACCGUCCAAUGUGCCCUACUACGGGCAGAUGCAGUUCUCGCGCGGCGUGGAGCAGCCCAUCUACUCCGCCCAACCGGUCAUGAACAUGCACCAGAUGGCUACCACCAAUGCCUUCCGGGGCGCGACCAUGAACAUGACCCCGAUUGCUUCACCGCAACCCUCGCAGAUGAAGCCCGCCAUUAUUGUGCAGCAAGGGUCCCCCGCCUUGAUGCCGCUGGACACCCGUUUCAUCAGCGCUGACCUGUACGCCUUCCCGUCCACUCCGCCAUUGUCUUCAUCGGGAAGCACCAUCAGCAGCCCGCCAUCCGCUCAUGGAACCCUACACACCCCCAUCAACGACAGCUUCUUUGCCUUUGAGAAGGUGGAAGGUGUCAAGGAAGGCUGCGAGACCGAUGUACACACGGAAAUUCUGGCCAAUCCCGACUGGUCCCGAUGCGAUUCGCCCCCAAUGACGCCUGUGUUCAUCCACCCGCCGUCGAUCACCAGUCAGGCGUCGGAUCUCCUCUCCGCCACCUCUUGUCCCUCACUUUCCCCUUCUCCUUCGCCCGUUCCGAACGAUCUGCUUGCUCAAUCCCAGGCUCUGACCGCCGAGUCCUCGGGCGCCGACUUCUGCGACCCCCGCCAGCUCACGGUGGAAGCGUCGGUCAAUGUCCCAACUCCCCAUGACCUGCCGCCUUUGCCCACCCUCACCUGUGACGAUGAGGAGCCCCGUGCCGUGGUCGGUAGCGCGUCUGUGACUCUGCCGGUCAAUGAGAACCCCGCUCCCUCCUUCACUGCUUCUACCCAGGACCCGUUGAGCUCUUUGCCAACCUUCGACAGCUUCUCAGACCUCGACUCCGACGAUGAGCUAAACCGCCUGGUGGACUUCCACCCUGGCAGUAACGCCGUCUACCUUGGUGAUAAGCGUCAGCGUGUGGCUCAUUUUGUUCCUGAGGACGAUGGAUUCCUGAGCGAGCACAGCCUCGAAGACUCGGACGACUCUGAGGUCUUCCUUCACUCCGGCAUGCCCUCUUUCGACUGGAAUGAGUCGACUCAGCCCCAUGUCGAAAUGGAGGAGAUGGCCGAGGAGGAGACCAAGAUUAAGAAGCGCAGCAACCGCAAGUCUUCCCGCAAGACCGUCACCGUUGACGAGGAGGUCCACAUUGCACAGGUCCCGUCAUCGGCCUCCUCCGUGGGAAGCCCGUCGACUGACUCGGAGCCUGCUCCCGUGUCGGUCAACCGCCGCGGCCGCAAGCAGUCCUUGACCGAUGACCCUUCCAAGACCUUCGUAUGCACCCUGUGCUCGCGUCGGUUCCGCCGCCAGGAACAUCUCAAGCGCCACUACCGCUCCCUUCACACCGAGGAGAAGCCCUUCGAGUGCAAUGAGUGUGGCAAGAAGUUCUCCCGCAGUGACAACUUGGCUCAACAUGCCCGUACCCAUGCCGGUGGCUCCAUCGUCAUGGGCGUCCUGGACACCAGCGACGGCUCGAUGUCGUUCGAUGAACAACACGACGCCGGUGCUCUAGGGUCAGUCAUGUACGAGGCUGCCCAGGCCGGCGCUGAGGACGACUCCCCUGCCGCCGAGCGCCGCCCGGCCAAGAAGCGCAAGCGUGACUAA